UGCGUUGCACCAGUCCGCGCCAACCGCAGCGGCAGCAGCAGCAGCAGCAACAGCAGCAGCAGCGUCUCUCCUGUCAGCAGCGGGACAGCCCGUCCUCAGAGGCUGGGUGUACAGCAGCAAACCGUCUCACACCAAGACUGACGACCUGCGGACAAGAUGGUGAACUUCACGGUGGAUCAGAUCCGUGCCAUCAUGGACAAGAAGUCCAACAUCAGGAACAUGUCCGUGAUCGCCCACGUGGAUCAUGGGAAGUCCACGCUGACCGACUCGUUGGUCUCCAAGGCGGGGAUCAUUGCUUCGUCUCGCGCCGGAGAGACGCGCUUCACAGACACUCGCAAGGACGAGCAGGAGCGCUGCAUCACCAUCAAGUCGACGGCCAUCUCCAUGUACUAUGAGCUCGGAGACAAUGACUUGGCGUUUAUCAAGCAGAGCAAAGACGGAAACGGCUUCCUCAUCAACCUCAUCGAUUCCCCGGGUCACGUUGACUUCUCCUCUGAGGUCACGGCCGCCCUCAGGGUAACUGACGGGGCCCUGGUGGUGGUGGACUGCGUCUCAGGCGUGUGCGUCCAGACGGAGACCGUGCUGCGGCAGGCCAUCGCCGAGCGCAUCAAGCCCGUCCUGAUGAUGAAUAAGAUGGACCGGGCCCUACUGGAGCUGCAGCUGGAGCCGGACGAGCUCUUCCAGACCUUCCAGCGCAUCGUGGAAAACGUCAACGUCAUCAUUUCUACCUAUGGAGAGGACGAGGGAGGCCCCAUGGGGAACAUCAUGAUCGACCCGGUCAUCGGUACGGUUGGCUUUGGCUCCGGUCUCCACGGCUGGGCAUUCACACUGAAGCAGUUCGCUGAGAUGUACGUGGCCAAGUUCACCAAAGGAGACGCCCAGCUAGGACCAGCAGAGAGGUGUAAGAAGGUGGAGGACAUGAUGAAGAAGCUGUGGGGCGACAGAUAUUUUGAUACAAGUGUUGGCAAAUUCAGUAAGACCGCCACUGGACCUGAUGGUCAGAAGUUCCCUCGCACCUUUAGCCAACUUGUCUUGGAUCCCAUUUUUAAGGUGUUUGAUGCCAUCAUGAAUUUUAAGAAGGAUGAAACGGCCAAACUGAUUGAGAAGCUGGACGUGAAGCUGGACUCCGAGGACAAGGAGAAGGAGGGCAAGCCUCUGCUGAAGGCCGUGAUGCGUCGCUGGCUGCCCGCUGGCGAGGCCCUGCUCCAGAUGAUCACCAUCCACCUGCCCUCCCCCGUCACCGCACAGAAGUACCGCUGUGAGCUGCUCUACGAGGGGCCCGGAGACGACGAGGCCGCCAUGGGCAUCAAGAACUGCGAUCCAAAGGCUCCACUGAUGAUGUACAUUUCCAAAAUGGUGCCGACCAGCGACAAGGGUCGUUUCUACGCCUUCGGACGCGUGUUCUCUGGAUGCGUGUCCACAGGCCUGAAGGUUCGCAUCAUGGGGCCGAACUUCACCCCUGGCAAGAAGGAGGACCUCUACAUCAAACCCAUCCAAAGGACCAUUCUGAUGAUGGGACGGUAUGUGGAGCCUAUUGAAGAUGUCCCAUGUGGAAACAUCGUGGGUCUUGUUGGAGUAGACCAGUUCCUGGUGAAAACAGGAACCAUCACCACCUAUGAACAGGCCCAUAACAUGAGGGUAAUGAAGUUCAGCGUCAGCCCCGUGGUGCGAGUUGCCGUGGAGGCCAAGAACCCCGCUGACCUGCCCAAGCUGGUGGAGGGCCUGAAGCGCCUGGCCAAGUCGGACCCCAUGGUGCAGUGCAUCAUAGAGGAGUCUGGGGAGCACAUCAUUGCUGGAGCAGGAGAGCUGCACCUGGAGAUCUGCCUCAAAGACCUGGAGGAGGACCACGCCUGCAUUCCACUGAAGAAAUCAGACCCAGUUGUGUCUUACAGAGAGACAGUGACAGAAGAGUCAGAUCAGAUGUGUUUGUCCAAAUCCCCCAACAAGCACAACCGCCUCUUUAUGAAGGCCCGGCCUUUCCCCGACGGCCUGGCCGAGGACAUCGAGAAAGGGGAGGUCACCGCUCGGCAGGAGCUCAAGGCUCGCGCCCGUUACCUCGCCGACAAGUACGAGUGGGAGGUGACGGAAGCCAGGAAGAUCUGGUGCUUCGGCCCGGAUGGAUCCGGUCCCAACCUGCUGAUAGACAUGACGAAGGGAGUUCAGUACCUCAACGAGAUCAAGGACAGCGUGGUGGCCGGGUUCCAGUGGGCGACCAAAGAGGGCGCUCUGUGUGAGGAGAACAUGCGCGCCAUCCGCUUCGACAUCCACGACGUGACGCUGCAUGCGGACGCCAUCCACCGCGGCGGCGGGCAGAUCAUCCCCACGGCGCGCAGGGUCCUGUACGCCUGCCAGCUCACCGCUCAGCCGCGCUUCAUGGAGCCCGUGUACCUGGUGGAGAUACAGUGCCCGGAGCAGGUGGUGGGCGGCAUCUACGGAGUGUUGAACAGGAAACGGGGUCACGUGUUUGAGGAAUCCCAAGUAAUGGGCACGCCCAUGUUCGUAGUGAAGGCUUAUCUGCCUGUCAACGAGUCCUUUGGGUUUACAGCCGACCUGCGCAGCAACACCGGAGGCCAGGCCUUUCCUCAGUGCGUGUUCGACCACUGGCAGAUCCUCCAGGGAGACCCCAACGAUCCCGCCAGCAGACCCUUCCAAGUUGUGGCUGAAAUCAGGAAGCGCAAAGGCCUGAAAGAGGGCAUCCCCACGCUCGACAACUACUUGGAUAAACUGUAAACACCAAACCCCGGAUUGUAAAAUACCAAAUCAGUCUUUAAACCCUACCCCGUGGGCACUUUAAAAUCUUUGCACAGGCUUAAAGGUACAUCGCACAAAUUGUUUUCGACUUUGAGUCUGGAGCAGAAACAAGGCUUAAGCUUCUGUUGUAGGCUAGUGGAAGCAACGAUGCUUUUCUCAUUUCACAGCUACAGUACACCAAGUGCCUAGGGCGAGGGGUUUGGGGGGAAAAUUGGAUCAAAGCAGUUGUAUUAUCAGUUCCCCGUUUCUUCUAUUCCUUCACAUCGUUCCCCUUUCUCACCGCUCAUCUGCCAGGAUGAGCCUGUACAGUGCACUGUGAUACUGCUGCAAUAAUGCAUAGUUAACUGGGUCAUGGCCGGAUACAACCAUGGAAACCACAAUAAAGUGUUAGAGAAUCAAACUCCCUGCAUUGAGCCUAUGUUCGGUGGAUGUCAUGAAUAAAACAUAAACGAUAAA